AUGGAUCAAUGUUAUUCGAAACAUGUUGUUGAUCAACAACAAACAAAGAGCUAUCAGAGGAAUUAUCAGGUUUUGAUUGAUAUUCCUGAUGAAAUUAUUAUUGAAAUAUUGAAGUAUAUUCCAUCUGAAAUAAUUAUUGGAAAGUGUAGUUUAAUUUCGAAACAAUGGUACGAAUCUUGUUGGAAAGUACCAUUCUCUAUUAGAGUGAAAACAAGGAGAGCAGCAAGUAUAUUCGAGGAAACUUUGAAAAGUGAAAGAUUUGAUACUUGUCUUCGUAUACAAAGGUUAGAUUUCAGUUUCGUCCCAAUUAUUGGAAACUCCUUGGAAUUAAUUUCAUCCUCUCCAUCAAUGAAAUCUCUUCAACACUUGAAUUUAACUCGAUGCAGAGUAACCUCUCAAGAAAUCAAAAUUCUUGCAGAUAGUCCAAACAUUCGUUUACUUUCGUCUCUAAUUCUUUCUGGUUGUUUGAUAGGUGUAGAUGGAGUCAAAUUACUUUGCCAAUCAACAAACUUUUCCCAUCUGAAAGUAUUGGAUCUAUGCGAUUGUUCUCUUACUCCUGAAGCUCUCUAUCAUUUAUCUUCAUCUCCAAAUUUCUUUCGUCUACUUUCUCUCAAUUUACGAAACUGUUUGGUAGGAGAUGAAGGCGCCAAACAACUUUCCCAAAGUCAAUUCAUUACACAACUAACUCAUCUCGAUCUAACUUUCUCCCAAGUUGGUCUUGAAGGAAUCAAAUCCUUGUCCAAUAGCCGAAACCUUUCGAAUAUAAUUCACCUAGACCUUUCUCAUUGUGAAAUUACUGAUAAUGGUACAAAACAAUUAUCUUCUAGUCCCUACCUUUCCAAUCUGACCAAUUUAAACCUGACCUUUUGUAAAUUAGGUCCAGAAAGCUCACAAUUCAUUGCUGAAAGUUUCCACCUAAACAAAUUAAUCAAUUUAAACCUUUCUUACUGUAAAAUUGGAUAUGAAGAGAUGAAGAUGUUAUCGGCGAGGGUGAAACAUCUGGUUUGUGUUGGUUCAACAGUGGUGAAUCACAGUGUUGGGAGAAACAAGGAUUCUUCAACAGUUUCGAAUACAGUUUCAACUGCACCACACACAACUAUUCGAAUGUUGCAGCCGGCAAUGUUGUGUUGA